AUGAAGACAAAAAAACAGAUUUCUCAGGGAGGUGAAGUCCAUCUUGGAGCUCGUUUACAAGUUUUGGACAUUUUCCUGGAAAAUGUCAUCUGUUGUACUGUCACUUCCACAAAACAUGCUAAGAGAAAGACCAUUGGUGCCAGGGCCACG